UCUAAACUUGAUCUUGUGGUAAAAGCAAUUUCUUCAGCGGCGACUGUGAUUUGCCUUGACUCGCUCGGCUGCCAUCAGUUCUCUUGCGACUGCGUGCGUGUUAGCAACAUAGAAGCGACUCGUCUUCUUCUUUCGAAUUGGGUAAACUCGCGUCGAGUUGGUGUGUAUGCUUGCUACAUAGAGUGUGGUGAAAGAGCAAGAAAAAGGAGUAAUAAGUGAAUAUGUACUUACAUAUAGUAUACAAGUGCUUAACAAAAGACUUAAGAAACGAACGUGUUUGAAUUACUAAAUACUAUCUAAAUUCGAAAUAUAAAAAUUUUGGAUGAAUAUUUUAGUUAUAUAAAAUUUUCGAAUUAUUCUAUCCAGUGAACGUCUCCUUCUUGCAAAAUCUGUUACCUUGCAACAUUCUACCUUGAUUUACAUACAUACACAUUUUUAUAUUUACGCUGACUUUGAACUCGCCACUCAAGUUCAUUGACGAACUUUUGCUGGGCGCUUUGUGUGGCAACUAAAGCCAGGAAAAUAGUUCGAGUUGAAUUUGCCGCGCUGCAGCCAUUUUGAGUGAUAUUUAAACUAUUUUCUAGUGCUGUUUGUUUAAAAAAAUUAAUAGAUUUUUGCAAAUUCGUCAAAAAUUAUUGGCUGUCAUAAAAAGUUAUUUGUGCAUUUUCGGUUCGCUUCUUCGGUUAUUCAGUGAAAUUAAUACUUGCAAGUUGGUCAGUUAGAAAAGGCAAAAGGAGUACUAUAACUUUGUUAAAAACUGUUGUUUUCAAGAAUUAAAUUUUGAGGUUGCUUGUAAAGAAAAUUUAUGAAACACUUCACCUGAAGCUACAGCGCUCACCUACCACAUAAAAUCCAUCGAGUAGCAGAAAAAAGAGCCAACGGCGGCAGCUCAUCGCUCAUCAUCAACGAACGUCAGAACGCCGACAACCAACACUGAUGUUAAUGCUUCAAGCAAAAACGACAACAACAGCAACAACUCGACUGAACAACAAACCAACGGAACAAGCAAACUUACAAGCCGAAUCGCUGCCGGUUGGCAACGGAACCCAGUGCAGGGUAGCAGCAACAAAAAUGUGCAAGCGAUAACAAAAACAACAAGAACAACAACCAUUGCCAACUCAAUUUCAUUACGCAUAUUAAGCGUGAACAGCACCAGCUGCACUUUUCCAACUUUUUUUUCUGUUUUUUUGCUGCGCUGCAUUCAUUAGUUGAUGCUAUUAAUACAGUUCCACGCACCGCAACACAUACACUGAGCCACCUACAGACACGCAUAUACUCGCGCGACGCCUGCAACUGCGACUCAGGUGUCACUUCAGCGGCGCUGUUGAUAUGUUGCAUGAAAGACGGUGUGAGUGACGCACGUUAUGACAAUGAAAUUGUCGCGAUCCACUUAGCAAUAUGCCGCUCACAGCCACUGGCCAGCGCUGAUGCUCAUACACAUGCAUAUGUGAUCCUGUGUGUCAGUGAAAAAAAUUUAUUUAUAUGAAAAUUUUCGAAAUCAGCGUUAAAUGUAAAAUACUGCGUUGCAAGUGGUUAUUACUGAAUUUUUUUGAAGUUAAUAAAUAGACGCACAGUGCUCACUAGUGCAGCGAAAUUAAAAGAGUGAGACAUAUUUAUUUUUUCGUCAUAUUUUACAUCAUCAUUAAGAAGCACGGCAGACUACAUAAGGAGCGCAAAAAUGGAUACCGUUUACGGCACAAAGAAAUAUUUUCAGAGCCUCUCUGGCGCUAGUGAUAUUUAUCGGACGCCGGCGUGCCGCGCUGUGUCCAACGAUUACACCUACCAAAACACAUUGGGCCGUCGCUCGACACUUGGGGCUUACUACCACAUGAACAAACAACCCUCGUAUACGAACGAUCACAGUCUAAAUAGUCAAUACAGUUAUAAUGCGUGGGGUAUAUGGCGUGAUGGACGCAAUAUAGCACCCUCAACAUUUUCCGCCAAAACGCAUACACACUACCAGAAGCCGCGUUCAUUCUCUAUUAUACUCACGACCGCUGUAUUUAUUGUAUUACUCGCCGUGAUCUCAAUAGCCGGACUAGCGUUCUACUUUAGUUCGGUAAAAGCGAAUAUGGAGGAUCCUGUGUUGGGUUUCGAGGGUUCGUUUCGCAUAGCGAAGGGUGAUCUCUUCUCGACGGGUCUGAAGUACAAUCACACUACUACUUACAAGCAGAAAAUCGAAUUUUAUAAACGCUUCGUUGAACGUUCGCUGAUGGAUAACGGUUUGCAGCCGUUGCGUGUGGACACGUGGGGCUUUGGUGAGGGACCGCUGAUAAAAGUGUCUUUUCGCACAUUUUUGGAUGUGAGAAAAUUACCACAAAAUAUACACAGCGUUGAGGACUACAUAAAAGAAUCACUCUUUCUGGAAACCACUACUGCCAAGUCGCUUUAUCGUUCACUGCGUAUAGAUGCUGAGUCGGUGGAGAUUAAACGCAUACUGGAUGAAUCAGUGGUGCGCGCUGCGUCGCUCUUCAAGGAUGCUGUGCAGCAGCCCACCAGUCAGUCUCAGCUGGAGAAACGUCUAAUGAAGAAACCGAAUGCGCCAACUCUGCUCUCGAAGCCAGCUACAACAGUUAAACCGCGUACUACACAUCGUCCACACUCGGUUGAUGAUGAACCCGAUGUUGAUGUCGAGAAUGCGCCAGUUAUACAAGGUUCCUUUGAGGGCUCGUUCGAAAUUACUAAAACUGAUGCUGAUAUCUCACGCAAGAAGGUUACACCGACCAAGGCAUACACUAGCUUACCACCGAAGGCAGUAACGCCAUUUGCGUUGCGCGUCAAGCCGAAGAAACCAUCGAUAGAGAAGCUUACGACUAUUAUACCUCAGAAUCAGCCUUCACCAACGACUUCUGCUGCAACAUCGACAAGUACUACUCGUGGCACGAGCACUGCUAAAACUACACGCACCACUUCGACCACGUCCACUAGUACGACUCCCACAACAAGUACUACGACACGCAAACCGACCACGAUAAGCACUAGCACCAGCACCAGCACUACUACCACAACUACAACAGCACCACCACCACCGACGCCACCACCAACUAAAACUACUGCGUCUACCACAACAACAAGCACAACCGAAAAACCAGCAACCAUCCUGCCGCUAACAUUUCCAUCCCCAACCGCCUUUUCGCCAAAACAACAAUUCAGCUUACCACCCAUGACUACACCGUCCAUCGUUUUGAGCGUGCCGAAGUUGGAUGCUAACCUCUUUGCUUCAGUUCCUGUGCUCGAUACACAACCCUGGCGUCCGAUACAUCGUGAGGUGCCUGAACUGAUGCCUGGGCCACCGCCAGCCUUUCCUACAAAAACACUCGCUAGCGUAGACAAACCAAUGCUCGUCGCACCACUCGCACCGGCCUAUAGACCUGAUCUACCAAUACGAAGAAAUGAUGAGAUGGAGCUGCCGUUUAUACCGGACAACCCUUCACCGCCGACACCAGCUGCCUUCAAUCCAUACGCAUCCGGUUACUUUGGUACCGCUGUACGUAAGCCGGAAAUAAGCGCAGAAGCGACAAAUCCGCAAGAUAUGAUGUUCUAUCACAGUUUUGGUAAUCCCGUUUUCAUGCCCGGCACUGAAGAUAUAGAACGUUUAGGCGCAGGCGCGCAUGUCAAGCCACAUCCACUGCCGGUACCGCUAAUCGAUGAUGUCAUCAUACCGCCAUUUAAACCGCUCAUACCAGGCGUGGAUAAAGUGCCGAUUGAGACCAAUGAGAAAUUUGAGCAUCUCGGCGGUGGUGUGAUAGUUAAGAAGCACGAGUUGGAGUUGGCGACUGGGCAGGAGAAGUCGAAACCCGAUACCGAGGUCGUUGCCAGUGAUAGCGAUGGUGAGAGUGAGACCGAAUUACCAACAUUGUUGCAGCAGUUCGCUAUGGAGGGUGUUACAACCUCGACAUUUAGACCAAAAGUGAGUACGCCGAAUAUAAAUCGUAUCGAAUCGAGCGCUAACUCUGAGUUGGCUGACACAAUUGGUGAAUUCUUUAUGGGAUUGUUGAACUUACCAAAAGAAAAUGCACGCAAUACGACCAAACCGGCAGUAGAGCCGAUUGAGUCACGUAUUGAACCAGAGGAAAAUGUAGAAGAUAUGGAGACCGGACUAGAAACUAAAGUGUUGCCGAAUGAGGAGGUUGAAGAGGACGAAGUACAAGUAACUACCGUAACGGUUACGGCAGCAUCGAGUGAAUCAGCCACGGUUGGAACUGAGAGUGUUGAAAAGCCUGUGGUGGAAGUUGUUGAAGAAGUGGCAACAACAGCAAAACCCACUUUCUUAAAUAUUAAAGAACUUAUUCUGAAGCGUAAUCAGGCUAAAAACCAAACGCGCAAUAUCGAGAACAUAACCGGACGUCCAACACCUACAACAACACCAACAACUAAAACGCCAACCACGCCACCAACUCUCUUUAGCCCCACACUCAAGCCGCCAGUGACAAAUUGGAAUCGUCCUAGACCCACAUACAAUCAGAAACCACCGACCAUACUUGAUGACUCCAAUCUCUUUCCAUCACAAUCGAAAUGGGAGUUCAUGAACAGUUCAGCCACCAAUAGUUUCGGUCAUACGGGCAACAUGCGUAAGGUAUUCAAUAAGACGCUGCAGGCGUGGAUAUCCGAGGAUGUGGGCGGUAAUACGGAGGAUAACUUCACGCUUAAUGACAUCAAGACACGCAUAAAUAAUGCGACCAACAUACAAGAUAUUUCGCUUAUCUUCGAUACGUUGGCAUCCAAGUUGGGCAUUACGCCCAUGGUACAAACAAAAGUGCCACCAUUCUCGCAGAACAAGCUCAAGCACACACAGGUCACGAGUGAGAGCAGAACCAAGUUGCCAAACUCGACGGCAGUACCAACAACAACCACCACCACAGCACGUCCAUUAGCGUUUAGAGACAAACCGGCAACAAUGACCACAGUGUAUUGGAUGCCCACAACUAGAAGAGGCACAAUAACGGCAGUACCAGCGACCGCAACCAAAAUGCCUUGGACAUCAACAGGAACAACAACGAGAAGAAUGACAACUACGACAACAACACCAACGACAAUGCCAACAUUGCGCACGAGGCCAGCCAUAACCAUAACAACAAUUUCGACGCCGACAACAACAACAGCAACAACUGAACAUUUCAUUGAACUUCCGCUACAACGACAAGAGCCAUUCAUCAAGCCCAUGUCCAGUUUCAUGGAAGACACAUCCUCUGAGGGCAUCGGUGCGGCCAUACCAGUUGUGGGUGAGGCCGAGGUGGAGGUCAUUGACCCAAAUAAAUACGAGGAAAUGUUGAAGUCAUCACAGUUUGCGGCGGAUACCACAACGGAAACGGCACCACAAUUGGUCACAUUGCUGCCCGUACGUUCCAACUCGGGCAUACGCACAUACCGACCGGCUGUGGAUGAGGAAUCUGAAGCGCGUAGUAGCAGUAGCAAUGAUCAAUUGCCUUUGGCUGAGGGCACCGGUCAGGUGGAAGUUGUGCCAGAAGUGCUGCUUGGUACGGCUGGUGUGGCCGGUGUGGCAGAGGUUGUGGAGGAUGCCGUUAGCGAAUCGGUGGUGCCGACUACAUCACUGCGUCCGAGUGCUGUUACGGCGCCACGCCGUGGUGGCGGCUUUUUCGCUGGCAUACGUAGAAAGAGUGACAUUAGUCAGGCGAGAAGGUUUCCGCCAGCCGAAGCGGUCGUCAAGGGUGGACUACAUGUGAAAGUCAAGUGAGUGGUAUAGUGAGAAAACAAUGCGGAAGCAGCAUAACUCAAUUAGUGCAAGCUUUUUGCGUUUGCCGUUGCUCUUCAGAUUAAGGAUGAGUUAAAAGAAAAAGAAAACAAAGAAAAAUAAAAGCAGAAAAAUUAAACUUGUAAGGAAAAGCAAAAAAAAAAUACGAUGAAAAAGGUUCAGUUAGCAAAUUUAGAUGAAAUUAUUUAGUCAUCUCAAUUGCGUGAGUUUUUAUAGUCGUUAUGUGAGCAAGGGUUACCAGGUAUCCUCGCUUCGUAAGGGUUUUUGUAAUAAGUACCGUUUUUGAUACAGUAUAUAUUUGUAUAUUAUUUUAUAAGUUCGCAAGCAAAUUCUUGUUCAUUGGUUGUUAGCUGUCAUUAUUAAGUAAUUAUUUGACAGUUCAAACAAUUUCUGAAUGACAACAUUUAAUUUAUGUUAGCACAGAAAUCAGGUUAUGUAAUUAAAAAGAGCUGCUUUCAAAUUUAAGCAGAAGCAGAAUGACAUCACUUAAGUUUAUCUUUAUAUUAAAAAGUAAAUAAUUAAAAAAAUAGUUUAAUAAAGUACAC